AUGCCCGAAUCUGUUAUCCACCAGGGCCGAUGGGCGCCACCUGUGCUGAAGAUCAAGGAGCUUCUGCAAAGCGGUGUGGUGGGGACAUUGCUGAGCAGUGAGUUCCAGGUCUAUGGGGGUUCCAAGGACAGGGAGAUACUGCCGGUUGGUUUGAAGUACUUUGCUGAGCUUGCCGUUGGAGGCAACCCGAUCACCAUCGGAUUGGGCCACGUCAUCGACUUCAUCCAGUCCGCGCGGCCCGACAUGAGGAUCCGGGACCCGGAACGCAACGACCAAAUCGUCGAGACGAUCCAGUUCGAAGUCCCCGAUCUCGUCUCCCUCCACGGUAGUUGA